AUGGCAGUCUCCGACAGCCAAGACUGGCAAUUUGAUGCCUUUAAUGAUGGAUCGUUACUCAAUUUUGAAAGUAUAAUAAGUCGAAAGUAUAAUGAAUUCCUUGGCGAAUACACGGAUCAUCUCAAAGCGAUACAAGAAGCACUAAGUCACUCGCUUAGCGAUGCUUGGGAUUUUACCAUGGAUCCUGCUUCAUUACAUAUUUUACCUUAUGAACAAGCAUCAUUAACGCAGUUGAUCAAGACUGAUAAUAAGAUACUUAACAAAGUUAUGACUGUCUUGGCUGCUGUUUGUUGCGAAAUAAAACGUCUGGAAUACGAGGCUAAGAAUGAACUUUAUCCGGCACUGGUCCUAUAUGGGGAAGGAGAGGAUGAAGAGCAACAACAGAUCCAUGAAGCGUAUAUGAAAAUGGGUAAAAUGCUAUCAGUUUUGCAGCAUUUGACAAAUUUUGUUGGAAGGUGCGGCGAUGUCCUUAAGAAUGUUGUCCAGCAGUUAGCUAUGCUCCAUCAAGGCAAAAAAAGUAUGAAUGCUGUUAUGAAUGUCCAUGGAGUACACUUUGAGCCGGUAUAUGAACAUUUGGGCGAUUUACUUACCAUCCUCAUUACAUUGGACGAAAUCAUGGAUAAUAAUAACGUCAUGAUCCAACAUUGGCAGCUUUACAAAAGAAUGAUCAAAUCUGCCCUGGCUGACCCACAACGUUAUGAUAUCGAUUCUGCUAAACUUCGACAGCUAGAUAAAUUAGUUAAUAGGAUAGAUGGAAAAGUCUUUAAUGGUGUCAUAUUUAAGUCCUGUGUAACUCGAGCAUUUGAUGAUGGGUUCGUGAGCGUUACCCGAAACGGUGCAUUUGAAGAGGAGUUUCGAGCAAACUUAUUAUCCUAUUUUAAGCGUACUGAACAGUCGAACGCUGCAGAAGAAAUUGAUCAACGCGAUAAUAUCAUCGGUAUAUGUGGAUUGUUAGUAUUGCAUUAUCAUGUUUUUAAUCUGGUGGAAAAAAAAAUGGUCAAGUCAAUAUUAGAAUAUGCAAAGAAGAUUCCAGGAGUCCAUGUUGUUGGCAACAUUGUUUGGUUUAUAUCAGAUUUUAUAAUUAAUCAUUGGCCACCUGCUUCUAAUAGUAAGAAUCUCGACAGAAAAUUAAUCACAAUGGCGAAUGCAGCGAAAUCGUCUUAUCUAACUAGUGCUAGUCAAUCUUUAUCUAGGGACGUACAACAGUACCAUUUGCUAGUUAGUACCUGGAUGGUCCAAAUGGAAUCAGAACUACUUAGCCGAGACAAGGAAACGUCUGCUGACCUCAAUCGAAGAUACAAGUUGCUAGUUCAGGGCGUUACAUUCGCUAAUAAACUAAGUUUAUUAGUACGUGCUGUUUUGAACAUGCAUAUUGUUCUUGGUAAGCCAAUGUCUAAAAGUUCGGUAUUAUCGAUUUGUAGAGUGGUAGAAAUGCUAAAGGCAAUCGAUCACACUUUUCACCGACGCUCUGUUGUUAUAGCUGAAUCAAUUAAUGUUGUUAUUCAGUUUGUCGUAUAUUUCUUGUUAAAGGCGAUUGAAAAGUCUAAGAAGCGUUUAAGGUCCGACAAAAAAUACACAGAAGCUAGAUUGGACGUCCUGUCAGCUUUAAUUUUAGCUCAGAAUGCUUUAAAUGGUCCAGGAACAAAAGAGAGAAUAUUGAUUUGUCGCUUAGCUAUUUGUGUGGCUUUACAGAUGCGUUGCUUUAAAGAUGAUGAGUUAUCAUUCAUAAUUGGAUUGACUAAAGCAUUGGACACAUUGGCGAAUUUGGGUCAUAGGCAAGAAGCGUGUGAUUGCAGCUUUGUAUACUGGCAUAAUGUUGUCUUUCCAGUAUAUUUACAAGACUUGUUUGAAAAUCCUGCAGAAUGUCACAGGAUUCACUACAUGCUUGGAGCUGUUCGUGAUUGUGUACCAAUGCUUCGCAAAGCUAAACAUGAGUUAAAUAAAGGUAAAAUGUUGAAGGCCUUUCAGGAAAAUGUUAUGAGCGAAAUCAAAGAGCACCUCUUGCAGCCGCUCUGCUGCGAAGUUGAGACCGAUCUUCGGUUGCAUAUUCAUUCACACUUGAAAUUAGACGAUAGAAAUCCUUUCAAGGUUGGCUUAAGAGAUCUCUCUCAUUUUAUGAAAUGUCGCCCUAUUCGAUUCUUUGAUAAUUUCAUAAAUCUAAAAGAGCACAUAACCAACUAUCUAGAAGAGACAUUCUAUAAUCUUACUACGGUAGCUUUACACGAUUGGAAGACGUACGGUGAGAUGAGGACUCUUGCUGGUCAGAAAUAUGGUUUGAUUAUGGCUGAAGCCCAUUUGCCAAGUCAGACAUUAGAACAGGGCCUAGAUGUACUUGAAAUCAUGAGAAAUCUUCAUAUUUUCGUUACACACUAUGUGUACAAUUUGAAUAACCAAGUAUUUGUUGAACGAUCAUCAAAUAGCAAGCACCUUAAUACAAUUAAUAUCGAUCACAUCUCCAAUUCGAUCCGUACUCAUGGGAUCGGAAUCAUGAAUACUGCUGUCAACUAUACAUAUCAACUAUUACGAAAGAAGUUUUUCAUUUUUUCACAAUUUUUAUAUGAUGAACAUAUAAAGGCUAGACUUAUUAAGGAUAUUCGAUACUAUAAGGAGAAUAAAGUAGACCUGGAUUAUAGGUAUCCUUAUGAAAGAGCAGAAAAAUUUAAUAAAGGCAUACGAAAGCUUGGGUUAUCAUCGGAUGGCCAGAGCUACUUGGAUCAGUUUAGAAAUUUAAUAAGUCAAAUUGGAAAUGCCAUGGGUUAUAUACGAAUGAUUCGUUCAGGGGGUUUACAUUGUUGUGGCAAUGCUAUUCGAUUCAUUCCGGAUUUGGAGGAAAUGCCAAGUUUUCUCGAAUACGUUGAUGCUGAGAAUUUAUCGGAGGAUACCAAAAAGGCUGCUACUAACUUGGAUGGUGUUAUAAGUAACUUGGUUAAAAAUUUCACUGAGGGUACUGAGUAUUUUAAGAUGCUAGUUGACGUCUAUGCGCCGGAAUUUAGGGAUCCUAAAAAUAAGCACUUAAGUAAUUUCUAUGCAAUCAUACCUCCAAUGACAAUCAACUACGUGGAGCACAUGAUUUCAGCCAAAGAGAAAUUAAAUAGAAAAAAUAAAGUCGGCGCUGGAUUUACGGAUGACGGUUUUGCUAUGGGGGUAGCCUACAUCUUAAAACUACUGGAUCAACACCGUGCAUUUGACUCUCUACAUUGGUUUCGAUCCGUUAAAGGAAGGUUUAUGAAAGAGAAGGACGAAAUUCGAAGGUCGAGACAACGUGGAAGAGAUGAUGAAAAACUACAGCAGACAAUGAAUUUGACCCUUAAACGAUUAGAAACUUACUCUAUGGAAUUUACUUUGCUAAAUUACUCACUUAACAGUGCAAGAAUCUUUUUCCGUGCAGAGAAAGUAAUAACUGAAAAGGAAAUUAAGGAUUCUAAAGUUUCUGAUACAGAAAGCACUAUUGAUCCGUCAGAUCUUGCUUCGAAUGUAACAGCUCUAGAAUAG